CUAUCUUGACUCCAGAGUUUAUUUCCUGGGUGUUGCCUGCCUGGAUCACAACUUUGGAGUUUCACUUAGAGUUUCUGUGUGGGUGAAACAUCGGGAAUUUUUUUUCCGAAAAGAGCAGAUUUGGACUUAUUGAACACCUUCGAUCUCCCCGAACUAAGUUUAACAUUUUACUUUUGCACACGACAAAGGGCCGGUUUUAUUUUAGCCACGUUAGCCGGCUAGCUUAGCUCCCUGAGUUUGAGCUGCAGUCAGUCGGCUGAGUUGUUAGUCCGAUGCAGGCCAUUAAGUGUGUGGUGGUGGGGGACGGGGCUGUGGGGAAAACAUGCCUCCUCAUCAGCUACACAACCAAUGCCUUCCCUGGAGAGUACAUCCCCACAGUCUUUGAUAACUACUCUGCCAAUGUGAUGGUUGAUGGGAAACCAGUGAACCUGGGCCUGUGGGAUACAGCCGGACAGGAGGACUACGACAGGCUCAGGCCUCUGUCCUACCCACAAACAGAUGUGUUCCUGAUUUGCUUUUCACUUGUCAGUCCAGCCUCCUUUGAAAACGUCCGUGCCAAGUGGUCCCCAGAGGUGCGACACCACUGCCCCAACACUCCCAUCAUUCUGGUGGGCACCAAGCUGGACCUGAGAGACGAUAAGGAUACCAUCGAAAAACUAAAGGAGAAGAAACUCUCCCCUAUUAUCUACCCCCAGGGAUUGGCCAUGGCGAAGGAAAUAAAUUCAGUGAAGUAUCUGGAGUGCUCAGCUUUGACACAGCGUGGCCUGAAGACAGUGUUUGAUGAAGCCAUCCGGGCGGUCCUGUGCCCCCCGCCCGUCAAGAAGAGGAAGAGGAAGUGCACAUUAUUGUAAUGAAAGAACCACAGGGAGUAGAAAAACAUGGCUGCAGUGAAGUCAGAACUCGCCUCCUUUUUAAAGGGAAGAUGGCUGGGUUCCCCCAAUUAUCUGUUCACCCCCGUGUCCUUGCUUUUGUAGAAGCUUUGGUAGAUCCGACUUCUGUCUGAAAGAACUUCAGAGAUUUAAGCAGCACUGAUGGUCUUCUGUCUGACCUGCUUACAUUUAUUAAGUGCUUUCAGAUGGACAGGAAUGAAGUGACUUUACGAAGGCCUUGGGGAUUGUGAGGGUUGGGGGCGGGGUGGGGUUGAUGGGAUCAGGGUUUGCAUAAGGAACAAGAGGGAGGUUUUAAAAAAUAACACUCAUCAUUGUCCUCUGACAUUGUGAAGAAACACUACUUGAAGAUGAUUUUUACCACAUUAGUGUAGACUGAAUAACAGAAGAGAAGGAUUUCCUGCACUACACUCUCUCUCCCCUACACACUAAAGAGAUUCCUGCUGCCUUGAUGAAACUUCAAGUUUAGAAAACAGUGUUUUUUUAGUUGUUUUUUUUUAGAAGCUCUUAUGUCUCCGUUGUGUCAUGGUCAGUCUUUUGUCUCAGCUGUGGUCGACUUAACUGUUUUGUUUACAUGCGUCAUCUGACUUGUCUGAGGUGUUGCCAAAACUCAGUCAACUGUCAUCACUUUGAAGUCACUCCAUGAACACUACGCUUUUUUAAUUUCUUUCAUAAAGUUGUUUUUUUCAUGAUCCAAGACACAAAUCAUUUAGAGAUAAUUUAACCCAUUGAUGACUCUUAGUGAUUGUAGCAGCUACUGAGAGAAGUAGAAAUCACCUAACAAGCACUUAGAUUUUCAACAGGUUAUCUUUAGUUUCUAACAGCUUCCUAGUUUGAUCCAUCGUUUAUUUCUUUCUGUGUUAAAGUGAACACAGUCAUUAUUUUUUGACUGACUGUCAGGUAUAAGAAGAUGGAGUACAGCUAGUGUUGGACUCAUUCAUUAUUGGUCACUGUCACGGUUAUAUCAUUGCUAAAUCAUCACUUGUGUGUGACACCACAUCUGUUUUUAUGAAGUCGAGCCAGUGUCUCAGCACUCGAAGGUUGCAUCUGAUUUCAUGUCUUGUACAAUAAAACCAUGAACACUAACUUUUUCAACACAUAUGUUAGUUUUUUUAAUGAGCAAUGAUCAAAGCCGAUGUAAUUCUGGACUCAUCUGAUCAACUUUUCUAUUGAAAAGUACAAAAUGCACACUUAAUUUCGAGCUUUCAUUUUGUAAAAUGCCGAUUUUGAUAAGAAAAGCAAAUAAACUCAUAUCAAAUG